AUGACAAAGAGAAGAUCUAAAAGAAAACCAAUAGUAAAAAGAAAAACUAGUGCAAUGCUUGAUAAAAAAUUUAAUUGUCCUGUUUGUAAUCAUGAGAAAGUAGUCACAUGUAAGAUAAGCAAAACAAACAUGAAAGGAUUUGCUAAGUGUUGUGUCUGUAAUUUUAUUUACAAAUGUGAUGUUAGUAAAAUAGAUCAAAACAUAGAUGUUUAUAAUAAGUGGAUUGAUUUUAUUAAUUUAAAAGAAUUACCAAGAACAGCAGAAGAUGAAUGA